AUGCGCACGGCCGCUGUGGCAGCGGCCGCGCUCGCCGCAGCCGCUGCUGUCGCUGCCGCCGCCAUCUACAAUGCUUAUGGGCCGGUGCCCGUCGACCCCCGUGCCUGGGGGGUGCGAGCCGACCCCUCUCAGGAUGAGACCGGCGCAGAGGCCUUCACCCUCACCGCCGCCGACGGCGUCUCCCUGUAUGUCCGUCACUGGCCCGCGGCGCCCCGCGCGGCCGCCGCGCCCCAGGGCGCCGAAGGAGACGGGGAAGACGGCGCGGGCGCCGUCGGCGACGGCGCGGGCGAAAACGCGGCCGCGCCGCGCGGCAUGGUGGUGUUCGUGCACGGAUUCACGUGGCACAGCGCAUACUUUGAGCCGGCCGCGAGGACGGCGCUGGGCCCGGCGGGUUUUGGGGUGGUCACGUUCGACCUGGCGGCUCACGGACUGAGCGGGAGCCGGUUUGGCGUGCCGGGGCUGCACCCAGACAUUGGCUCGUGGGUCGACGCGGUCGUGCAGGUGGCGCGGCACGCGCGUGACCGCCUGGGGUAUCCACCGGGGACGCCCCUCUUCCUGUUCGGGGAGUCGCUCGGCGGCGCCCUGGCGCUGCUGGCCGCAGACCGCACCGCCGCGGCCGGCGGCUCCCACCACCCCCUGUUCUCCGGCCUCAUCCUGUCCGGCGCCGCCACCGGCCCGCCUGAGAUCCUGCCGCCGCCGGCGCUGUUUGCCGCGCUGCGGCGCGCCGCGGCGGCGCUGCCGCGCGCGCCGGCGGGCGCGGGCAUCGGCGGCGAGGGACCCUUUAUGGCGUCGUUCGGGGACCAGGAAUUUGCGCGCCGCGCGUGGGACAGCGACCCCCUGAUCGUCAGGCGGCUCCCGCUGGGCGUUCUGCCCCACAUGCUCCCCGCCCUCGACGCCUCCGCGGCGGCCGGCACGCGCCUGGCGCUGCCGCUGCUGCUGCUGCAUGGGGACGAGGACAAGAAGGUCUCGGCGCGGCUGUCGCGGGAGCUGCACGCGCGCGCCGGCGCCUGCGGCGACAAGACGCUCGUCAUCUACCCUGGAGGCAGCCACCAGCUGCUGCAGGCGAGCCUGGGCCGAUGGAACUGA